AUGGCUGCGUCCUCAAACUAUGGCGGCGACCGUAUGACUCCUUACGUCCAGUCCUUUCCUUACAGUGACAAACGACUGUUUGAGCCACCGCGAGUCCAAAUCCCUCCUCCUGCUCUCGACUAUCAACAUGGCAGACCAACAUUCCGCGUCUCGAGCACUUCUUUCGGUCAGAUGUCGGGCAUUUAUGGCGAUCCCACGUUCCUACGGGCCUUGACCGCCUGUUACAACCUCAAUAUGCGUCACACGAUGCUUUCGUGGCAGUACGAAAUGCGCAGAACCGCACAGGCCAUCGUCCCCUUCCUAUUUCUCGGUCCAAGCAGCGCUGCAAAAGAUCCCGAAUUCGUCAAACGCACCGGCAUCACUCUCCUUGUCGCAGUCCGUAACACCACUUCAGUCAGAACCAGACCGGCCUUCCUGGAUCCUGCCUUGUUCCCCUCGAGCGAAGGGAUAUCAACGCUGACCUUCGAUUUUGAUUCCCCCUAUGACUUCAUUCCAAAUCUUCGCCCGAUCGUUAGGGCCAUGAACGACCAUCUCGCGGCAACCUGUAUCAGAACCCCUCCGAAGGACGUUUCGGACAUCAAGGGCAAGAUUUUGGUCUUUUGCGAGUCUGGUAACGACAGAUCUACGGUGUUGGUGGCGGCAUACUUGAUGGCGACCUUUGGCAUCAGUGCUGUCUCCGCUAUUCACAUCAUUCAGUCCCAACGGUUCUCCAUCACGACCUCGGAUGAGAUGAAGAACGUCCUUCUGGAUUGGCAAGAGAUCGUCAAAGCAGAACGCCAAGUUGCAGCUGGUCAACAGCAAGCAUCCUCCUUCGUACUGCCUCAACGGCCUGUCAAGAGAAACAUCGACCAUGUGUAUGACAACGACGAUGCGGGCCUUGACAGUCAGCAAUCCGGAAAUCUUGAAGUCCGAGAGGGAGUUGCUCCCUUUGCAGAUGUUGCAGGUUGA